AUGGUGGUCUUUGUAGACAGAUGUGGCGGUAUUGGUGGCGGUGGUGGUGGCGGUGGCGGUGAUGGUGGUAUUGGUGGUGGUGGUAUUGGUGGCAGUGGCGGGUGUGGUGGUGGUGGUGGUAGUGAUGGUGGUAUUGUUGGUGGUGGUAUUGGUGGUAGUGGCGGGUGUGGUGGUGGUGGUGCUGGACAGAUCCAUGUGAGUCACGAGACAUACAUGGGAUUAUUGGAAUGGGGAGGAUACAGCUUUGUCAAACGUGGAAAGAUUGAUAUAAGGGGUAAAGGCACCAUGUACACGUACUGGUUGACCGGUCGAGAUGAUUUUGAUAUUUUAGGUCUGGACGUAUCGGCUCGUGAUCAUAUGGGUAUACAUGAGCAUCGCUAUGCUCACAUGUACGAUCAGAUGUACAAAGGUCGGGUACAGUUCGCCGGGAAAAAUCUCUCAGAAUCUCCGACAAACCUGUGA